AUGGUCAGAACACCUGAUUUGAACGACAACAACCUUAAUUCUGAUCCAGAAAGUACUUCCGAUUUAUCGGAAUCUCAAACAACAAUUAUUUCGGAAGAUGAAAGGGACAGUAAUGCUGAGGCAGUUUAUGCAGAUGAAGGAGAGGAUGAUUACGGUACCAAUGAUGCUGAAGCAAUUGAUGAGACAAAGUCUCAUUUAGUCGACUUUUAUCCACAUAAUAAAAUGAAAUCUGGAGCAUUAGACCAGAGACAACAUGGGUUUGAAGCAAAACACCAUAAAUUGGAGCAAAAAGAACUUGUCAGAGACGGCAAGAAAUAUUUUACCAUUGGAUUCGUAGGUUAUCCAAAUGUAGGAAAAUCAAGUACUCUAAAUGCCCUUUUUGGAUCGAAAAAGACAUCAGUCUCUUUUACUCCUGGAAAAACGAAGCACUUUCAGGUAACUAUAACCCUUAUGAAGUGCAAUCACCCCAGUUCGCCUUAG